AGAAGGAAAACCCUGUCAGAGGUUACAUGGCUUGACCAGGAUAUGACACGAUUAUAUAGCACUUUUCUAUAUGGGUCGUGGUUAAGAAGGGGUCGUUUCAAGACAUUUCACAAAUAUAAUCCUCCACUGGAACUGUUCCACUGGAGGGUCACAGAGUACCAGGGUAUCGACAACAAUGAUCUCCACUGGAACCGUUCCACUGGAGGGUCACAGAGUACCAGGGUGUCGACAACAAUGAUCUCCACUGGAACCGUUCCACUGGAGGGUCACAGAGUACCAGGGGUCACAGAGUACCAGGGUGUCGACAACAAUGAUCUCCACUGGAACUGUUUCACUGGAGGGUCACAGAGUACCAGGGUGUCAACAACAAUGAUCUCCACUGGAACAGUUCCAUCGGAGGCUCGACUCCAUGACAAGACAAAGACAUUAUCCCUCGUCAAGGGGAGUCCAUCCAUAGGUUCAACAAAGCAACUCAACCGUGGGAACUACUCCGAUAAAAAUGCAAAAAUCAAGCAAAAUCAAGCAAAGUCUGAACGAGGAUUCGACCCGGGCCAUAAGGAUAAGGAUAAGGAAUACGAUAGUCAAGACUACGAUAGCAAAAAAUCAAGAAAACAAGCAAAAGACAAGGAUAAGGAUCACGACGGUCAAGACUACGAUACGAUAAGCAAGUCAAGGAUAAGAAACGCGAUAGUCAAGACUACGAUACGAUAA